AGAUGGGCGGAGUCAAAGCGAUAAGAGCGGCCCCCGGUCUCCAGGCGACGUCAGGACGCGUGUCCCUGGUCGCGGUGGGUCCCGCAGGUAUAGAAGGUCCUGGCGGUGGUCCCAGGGCAGUGGCAGGCGGGGAUGGAGAGGGCGGCGGCGGCGGCGGCGGCGGCGGCGGCGGAGGAGGAGGAGGAGGAGGAGGAGGAGCAGCUCACGGCCGCUUCCCUGCGGGCCCAGCGGCCCCCGCCGCCCAUCUCCGCGCUGUCGGCCUUCAGCCACGUGCCUCCCCGGCGCCUGGACCCCCCGGAGCACAGCUACUUCCACCGCCCGGGCUGGACAGGAGUCGUUUCGCUCUAUGACUGUGUGUUUAAGAGGAACCUGGGCUACAAUCAGAGGCUGCACCGAGACGACAGAGAGCACGCCAAGAGCCUGGACCUCCACGUGAACGAGGAGGAACAGGAGCGGCCAGUGGGGGUGCUCACAUCCUCGGUCUACGGCCGCCGCUGGCAUCUGCCGCUGGAACCCCUGAAUCAUGACCACCGGCGCGCCAACCACCUGAAGGCAGAUUUCUACCGCAAGAACGACAUCCCCAGCAUCAAGGGGCGAGGUUUUGGGCACAUCUCCCCGGCCUGAGCCCCGGCCCGCCCGGCCCGGCCUGCUGGACAGGAGGUGCGGUCCAGCCCUCACCUGGCCUCACAGAAGGCUCUGGGCUGGCCCCUCCCCACCGCUAGCCUGGAACAAGGACCCCCCCAGGCUGAGGCAAGGAGCCCCCCAGGCUGGGGCAUUGACUUCCCCCAACUCCAGGCAAUGACUUCCCCCAGCCUGGGGCAAGGACCCCCCAGCCCGGGACAAUGCCCCCCCCCCCCCAGCCCUGGGCAAGGACCUCACAGGCGGGGCAAGGAUCCAGGACCUCCAUGUCCACCUGAAUCAGGUUUCCAGAAGCAGUCAGACAUAGGGCCAAUCUACACCUCAAUAAAGUGACCCUUUGCACAGA